UUUUUUUCUUUUUCUCUUCUUUUUGGGAAUAAACUUUCUUUGCAAUUGAGCUAUUUUGUGAAAAGCGCUUGGUCACUGUUUCAUGUUUAAAAAUUCUCCUACUGGCCAAAGGGAUGGCCUGAGCGGUGAACACAAGGUUAAUGGGGUUGCCUUAAAAGAAAUCAAAUGGAUCGGGGACCCUUCAACAGAUUCAUCUUUCCAUUUCUGUUUUCACAGAUCUGAAGGUUUCAUAUUACUGUUAUUCCUCGUUCCUUCAAUUUGACAUUAUCUGCAAAACCGAACUCAGAGAAAACUGUUCGAUUACAAUGGUAAUACCAAAAUGUAUAUAAGACUAGAAGUUUAGUGUCCUCUCCUUCUUUCUGCAACUCUAUAUCCUUUGUUCAUAUAUAUCAUCAAAGUACGCGGGCCGUUCUUAUUCAAAUCCAGUUUCGAGUCAUAUCUUAGAAUUUUACAUAUCGUAUCAUCAUGCAAUUCCAGUCUGUUUCCUCUCUUUUCGCUAUUGUCGCUCUUUUCUCCGCUAUGGCUGCUGCUGCUCCUGCUACCAAGAGAAAGCAUGAAUACUCUGGUGUCGCUACAUGGUACUCCCCCAAGCACAAUGGUGGUACUAAAGCCGCUUGUUAUGGUGAGCACAUUGAUGACGAUUCUAACAUCGUCGCUCUUAAUGCUCCUCAAUAUGGUGAUUUGGGUAGUAACUCUGACUGGUGUGGUAAGAAGAUUGAAAUCGAAGGUCCCAAUGGUAAAGCACGUGCUUCCAUCCUUGAUGCCUGCCCUGAAUGUGAUGAUGGCUCACUUGACCUCACCCCAGCUUUGUUUACCAAAGUUGUUGGCGAUAAGGAUAUUGGUCAAGGUGAUAUCACUUGGAGAGUUCUUUAAAUGGAUUGAUUUCAUUUAAAUCAGACAUAUAUUCAUGUAUUUUUUUUUUAUUUAAAUACCACUUUUUAAAUUAUUCUUCCAGUACUUGAUGCUGAAUAAACAAAAUCCAACUUAUUGCUGGUCCAAUCCAUACAUAACCUCUUUGUUUUUUUUUUCGCUUAUUGUUGGGUUGUGUUUAUUUGAGCAUCAAGACAUCAUGAGUUUGCGUCUUUGAACAAAAUCGAAAUUAAACAAGUUAAAGAUAGUUCUUACCGGUUAACUAACUGGAUACUAUUUAAAAUUUGGACGAUACAUUAGAUCAGUUGUGCAAAUAAUACCAGUUUACAUGAUAAAAUGAAAUGAUUAACUAAGUGA